GCACCGCUCCCACGCUCACCACGACGCCGAGCGCGCGGAAAAAGUUUACCACUUACACGAAACUUACCAUCGCGAGCGCAUCGCGCGAACAACCCUACGAAAUACAACAACAACCUUUAAGAAAUGUAACGUGUUCUUAUUAAAACAACUUAUGUGUUAAAUAUUUUAUUUUGAAAAACUUUUGGUAGUGUCGUCGAGUCUUAUUAGAUCGGGUGGUAGAUGAUGGUAAUUUGUGGCGUAGAUGGGAUGUCCGGACGGUGACAGGUCUUGGGGCAGGCUGGGUGCGAACGGCGAGGGUCCAAGCGGACUGGGUGCGCGGGCCGCCGACUGGAUGCUGCUGCAGCGUGAGGGCCGGGAGCGGCCGCCGGCCAUGGAGGAGGAUUGCUCGGCACGGCCUUGCGCCACAGACUUCUCCAUCGCCGCUAUCAUGGCACGAGACCGCCAGGAGAGACGAGAGAGGCGGAGGCACAGGGACCCUAGGGAGGACACUCUUACGCCACUUGAAAAGUUUGUGGACGCGACCGCGUCAACGUCGGGUUCACCAUCGCCGCCGUUAGCGGAAUACGAACGGGAUUCCCCGGUGGAUGUAUCCUCGACGUCUGAGGCGGGGUCCGCUAGCGGAGCACCCGGCGGCUCGCGGGCCCUGUCGCCCGCGCCCCGCAAUCCCCAGCUCACGGAGAGGUGUUCUAGCGACGAGAUGAAACACAUUCAAUGCCAUCUCGAGACCAAAGAACUCUGGGAUAAAUUCAAUGAACUAGGAACCGAGAUGAUUAUCACCAAAACUGGAAGACGCAUGUUCCCGACGGUACGCGUGUCGUUCGCGGGAUGUCGCGCGGAGGCACGGUACGCGGUGCUGCUGGACGUAGUGCCGGUGGACGGCAAGCGGUACCGCUACGCCUACCACCGCUCCUCGUGGCUGGUGGCCGGCAAGGCGGACCCGCCCGCUCCCGCGCGCCUCUACCCGCAUCCCGACUCGCCCUUCGCCGGCGACCAGCUGCGCAAGCAGGUCGUCUCCUUCGAGAAAGUCAAACUCACCAACAACGAGAUGGACAAGAAUGGACAGUUGGUGUUAAAUUCAAUGCACAAGUAUCAACCGCGUAUCCACCUGGUGCUGCGGCGAGAGGGCGCCGUCAACGCCCCCAUCGUCGACCUCGAGCAGGAGGAGUUCAAGACGUUCAUCUUCCCCGAGUGCGUGUUCACCGCGGUCACCGCCUAUCAGAACCAAUUGAUAACAAAAUUGAAGAUUGACAGUAAUCCGUUCGCCAAGGGGUUCAGGGACUCUUCACGUCUCACUGAAUUCGAGAGAUUCUAUAUCACGGGCGAGCACGAACGAACAUCGGUCUUCGAUGACGCGCGCUACGGCGCCGCCAACCCUAGAGAGACGAUGGAGUCGAUGCUGGCUGAGCAGCAUUAUCUGCGGUCUCCGCUGCGACCGUUCGACCUGGACCAGCACAACAAUAACUUGACGCUGGAGGAGAAAGCUAUCCUGGCUGCUCGGUCGCAACUGUUUCUUCGUGCCGCGUAUCCAUUGUACGGCGUGCCGGCGGCGGCGCUGUGGGGACAAUGGGCGUGCCUCGCCCCACAACUCCUGGCCCAACAGCACCUUGCCUCCGGCUCAGGGCUGCAGCUCCCUCGGCCUGUGUACCCGGGUGGCGUGCCGGCUGGCUUGGCGCAACACCGCUUCUCGCCAUACCCGCCGCGGCGCGCCUCACCUGGCUCGUCACCGGACUCUUUGCGCGACGCCAGCCCUCACCCCCUGCCCCCUCACACGCCGCACGCCUCGCAUACCCCUCACCCCCCGCACAGCCCCACUUAGUGAUGGCCCACCGAUUAAGCUUGAGGAUCUCCAUUAAAUACGUUAUAAAUUACUGGUAUUAUUUAUAAAAACUUUAGAAGCAAAGUGAUACGUGAGUGUUAUGUCGGAUUGUUCGACGAAGAUGAACGAAUUUACGUGUUCUUGAUAUCGAAUAUUCGAGUGAUAAUAAAAACUGUUAUAAUUGUAUAAAGACUUUGGCGGUUUAAUAGUGCUGUGUUGCGAUCUUUCAUUUGUAUUAUAGUGUAUAAAUUAUUUAAAACAAAUUAGUGUAUUAAUGUAAUAAUGGUUAUUGUAAGUUGUAUCAUUUUAUGUUCCUAAUAUUUUUGCCUCGUUACUACGGGCGUUGCAUCGGCAACAAUUAGUAGCUGGAUAGUGUUGUACAGCGAUCUCUACAUUGGUGAAUUAGUUGGCACCAUUUCGGCAUACGCAAAUCUGUUCGUUUGGAUUGGUUAAAUGAUUUUUGAUGAGGUAUGUGCAAUAAAAGAGACGAAAAAGUAAUGUUAUAGACAAUUUGGCGUCUGUGUUAAGAUGUAUUAAUAAAUUGUAGAGAAUAUAUUCCUUGUCUGUGUUUCCUGAGGUUUAUAACACCUGGUUUAGAUUAAAUUUGAUGCGGACACA